CUCUUCGGAUUCGAAGGUCUCGUUUUCACCGCCGGGUCCUCUUGCUCCUCGUCCUGUUUCAUCGCGGGGAAAUAAGAAGAAAAUGUGUAGUUUGUCGCUUUGUUUGUAGCCGCAUUCACGCGUUGCGGAGUUGCGUGAAGCCGACGAUUGUCGCUGGCCUCACUCGGAUCUAGAUCGACCGUCUCCGUAAAGAAGCAGCUUUGUUUUGACUUGUGAGGGGUUUUUUGGCCGUAAACAUGGCUCCAACGAUCCAAACUCAAGCUCAACGGGAAGACGGCCACAGCCGCCCGUCUUCUCACAGAAGCGUGCCGGAGAGGUCAGGGAUCGUCUGCCGGGUGAAGUACUGCAACAGCUUGCCCGACAUCCCAUUCGAUCCCAAAUUCAUCACCUAUCCAUUCGAUCAGCACAGGUUUGUCCAAUAUAAAGCCACUUCCCUUGAGAAACAGCAUAAACACGAGCUCCUGACCGAACCAGACCUGGGCGUCACCAUUGACCUUAUCAAUCCAGACACCUACCGUAUCGACCCCAACAUUCUUUUGGACACCGCUGAUGAAAAGCUGCUGGAAGAGGACAUCCAGGCUCCAUCCAGCUCCAAAAGGUCGCAGCAACACGCCAAGGUUGUGCCAUGGAUGAGGAAAACAGAAUAUAUUUCCACAGAGUUUAACAGAUAUGGUGUUUCUAACGAGAAAGUGGAAGUCAAGAUUGGAGUGUCCGUCAAACAACAGUUUACAGAAGAAGAGAUCUACAAGGAUCGAGACAGUCAGAUUUCUGCCAUCGAGAAGACGUUUGAGGAUGCACAGAAAUCGAUCACACAGCACUACAGUAAACCCAGAGUCACUCCUGUGGAGGUCUUGCCUGUGUUCCCUGACUUUAAGAUGUGGAUCAACCCAUGCGCUCAGGUCAUCUUUGACUCUGAUCCCGCACCUAAAGACAUAUCAGCGCCAGCAGGCGUGGAAAUGAUGUCUCAGGCCAUGAUCAGAGGAAUGAUGGAUGAGGAGGGAAAUCAGUUUGUGGCCUACUUCUUGCCCAACGAGGAAACACUUCGCAAGCGGAAGAGAGACUGCGAGGAGGGGGUUGAUUAUAUGGCUGAGGACCUGUAUGAUUACAAGAUUGCAAGGGAAUACAACUGGAAUGUCAAGAACAAAGCCAGCAAAGGUUAUGAGGAGAACUACUUCUUUAUCUUCAGAGAUGGCGACGGGGUUUACUACAACGAGCUGGAGACUAGGGUACGUCUAAGCAAAAGGAGAGCCAAGGCUGGAGCACAGUCCACUACCAACGCUGUGCUGGUGUGUAAGCACAGAGAUAUGAAUGAGAAGGAACUGGAAGCCCAGGAGGCACGUAAAGCACAGCUGGAGAACCAUGAGCCAGAAGAUGAGGAGGAAGACAUGGACAUGGACAAAGACAUGGCGGAUUCUGGUGACGAGAAGGAGAAGGGCAGCGGCAGCGAGGCCGAGAACUCUGGCAGUGAAUCAGAGAGGGAAGAGGAGGACCAGGAGCAGAGCGGCGAAGAAGACGAGGAGGACGAAGACCGAGCCAAGAGGCGGCGGAAGGCGAGCGCCAGCGGGAGCGAAAGCGGCGAGGAGAGGACUCGCGAGAUGCGAGACGAGGAGGAGAUCUUUGGCAGCGACGACGACAGCGACGACAACGAGCCCAAGAACUCGGCCAGGAGCAGCGGGGAGGAGGGCAGCGGCAGCGAGGACGAAGCGGAGAACAGGAGGAGCCCCAGCGCCUCGCCAGCGCGCAGCGACCGCAGCAGCGACCACUCAGAGACCCACGCCCAGAGUGGAAGCGAGAGGGGAUCGGACUCCACCGAGGCCAGUGACAGCGAAUAAGUGUUGCAGCCUGCUUAAACUCAACGUUGGGCUCAGAAAACUUGACCGUCUCACGCCGUCAGUGAGCAUAUGGUGUUUUUCAAUAUCUGUAGCUUCUUGAUAAAUAUAAAUGUGUGUGCGAAAUGCUCUUUGCAUAUGAACUCGAUCCGUCUCUUUUUAGGCAAGUUUUUAUUUGUAGAUUUAGAUGACUCAGUAGCAGCUGGAUUUUUUUUUUUUUUUCCCACCACUUAUCGCUGUAAGAUCAUGUAAAAAUGUCUUUGUUCUCUUUACAUAUGACCUACUAUACUGGUAAAGUUUUUUGAAAUGAACAAUAAAUUUCACUUUGGUCAAAAA